AUGCAUAUUAUCAAGCCUGUCUGGUUGACGCACGGGGGUGAACGGAAAGAUUUCGAAGUCUACAGCUGCGAUGUGUCACCGGAUGGGAAGAGACUUGUAACGGCUGCUGGAGGAACAAAUGAACCGCCUCCAGUCGAGAACUGGCGAACAAUACGCCGAUUGAUCGGUCACGACAACGAUGUCCAGGAUCUUGGCUGGUCAUGUGAUUCUUCUAUUCUCGUGUCCGUUGGCUUGGAUUCAAAGGUCGUGGUGUGGUCAGGCCAUACCUUUGAGAAGCUCAAGACCAUCUCCAACCACCAGAGUCACGUCAAGGGCAUCACAUUUGAUCCCGCGAACAAAUACUUUGCAACAGCGGGUGAUGAUAGAACUGUGCGAAUAUUCCGGUUUACAUCGCCAGCUCCAAAUUCAACGGCCCACGAUCAGAUGAACAACUUCGUCCUGGAGCAAACAAUAUCCGCGCCAUUUGUCAACUCACCCCUGACGACGUAUUUUCGGAGAUGCUCUUGGUCGCCAGAUGGUAACCAUAUUGCUGCUGCCAACGCUGUUAAUGGUCCCGUCAGCUCAGUCGCGAUCGUUAAUCGCGGGUCUUGGGAUGGAGAUAUCAAUUUAAUCGGCCAUGAGGGCCCGGUUGAGGUUUGCGCCUUUUCACCUAGGCUAUACGAUUCACAACCUGCGAGUAAGGCCCCUGUUGAUAAACAGGGACACCCAAUACAUACCCUGGUUACUGUCAUUGCGUGCGCAGGCGCGGAUAAAUCCCUCAGUAUAUGGAUCACAAGUAACCCGCGGCCUAUUGUGGUCACACAAGACCUGGCUGCCAAAGCCAUCUCAGACCUGUCUUGGUCGCCGGAUGGAAAAUGCUUGUUCGUCACUGCUCUGGACGGCACUAUCCUAUGUGUCCGAUUUGAAGAAAACGAACUAGGCAAACCUAUGCCUUUCGAAGAAAAUGAGAAAUCGCUUACAAAGUUCGGCACGAAUCGAAGGGGUGCUGGUAUUGUCGAGUCUACUAAUGGCUUAUUACUGGAGGAGAAGAGCAAGGCUGGUGAAAUUAAAGGGGUCGAAGGCCGCAUGGGCGCUUUGAUGGGAGAUGGCCAUGCCUCCACUGAUCCAGGGGUGAAUGGGGAGUCUGCCAAUCUACCUUCUAAUGCCGCGACCCCUGCUGGAGCAUCCACACCUAUAGGUGGGAGUGCUAUUGCUGCCCAGAAAGGUCAGCCUAAUGGAUCUGUGAACGGGGAGCAAGAUAAGCGGGAUCCAUAUGCGGCCAAGCUUGAGAGGCUCAAGCAAAGACCUACCUAUACCAAGGAUGGGAAAAAACGCAUUCAACCUCUCCUUGUCUCAGGUGCAGGUGGUGCGGAAUCGUCCCUCCCCCAAUCACGGUUAGUGGCUGCGUCGAUGAGCAAUGCUGGGAGACCUGACGGGCCGGAUUCAAUUUUGGAUCUCUCCAAGCCAUUUGACGGUCUUCCCAAAGGUGGGCUGGCGGCACUGCUCUUCGGCAAUAAGCGCAAGUUUGCACAGAUCGAGGGGGCUGAUGAGGAGGGGUCCAUUGAGAAGCGAGUUGCAUUGACCUCGGAAAAUGGGUCUGUACCCAUCCUGGCUAAUGCUAUCGAGGGUCUGCGACCUGCACAGCCUGGAGAUGCCCAAGGAGGCCCUCGACCAAUACCAGAGUUUAUCAGACCCGCUGUAGUUAAUCCCUGCAUGGCUGUUAGCCAGCUACGACUAGCGGUACCGAAGAUCAGGAGCCAUAUUUUACAAGCGAUAGAUUCGUCAGGAAACCCUACCAAUCCGGCUGAUACUGCGGCAGCAGCAGCGGCGGGAUCAAACUCGGGGCCCCUUCCAAGGGCGAAAGUAGAUAUACUUUUCGAAGCUCGCAACCCCCCCGCUUCUUCCGGUCGUCAUAUUGAUAGGGAACCGGUACGAAUCACCCUCACGCGCGGAGAUCAACCAUUGUGGCAGGAUUUCAUUCCCAAAACAGUGCUUCUCGUCACAGGAAACCGCAAACUGUGGGCUGCAGCAUCGGAGGAUGGCUCCGUUUAUAUUUGGACGCCAGCGGGACGUCGGCUUCUCAACGCUCUUGUCUUGGAGGCUCAGCCUGUGAUUCUGGAAUGUAAUGGUCCAUGGGUCCUCUGUAUAAAUGCUGUUGGGAUGUGCUAUGUGUGGAACGUAACGACACUUUCAUCUCCUCACCCUCCCAUAUCCCUCGCUCCAAUCCUGGACGCAGCAGUGCAUACUCUAGCCCCAAAUGCCACCGCUGCUCCCGCAAUUAACGCGGCUCGAUUAAACUCUGAGGGUCGCGUAAUCGUCACGCUCUCCAACGGGGACGGCUACAGCUACUCCCCCACCCUAUAUACCUGGCAAAGGAUGUCCGAGGGCUGGUGGGCUGUUGGUAGCCAAUACUGGAACACAAAAUACUCGACCGUCGGGGACCUGCAGGCCAUCACCACCUCUUCCCAAUCUGCUGCCGGGGCGGCUCCGGGUAGCCGGCAGGAUGGUGAAACGCGAACGGCAGUGUCGGCAGGGGUCAUACCUUUCCUCGAGCGUAACACCACAGACGAGACACUCGUGCGAGGUCGUGGGUUCUUCCUGCAACGCCUGAUCAAGGUUCUUCUCUCCCGCGAGGGAUUCGAGGGCUUCGAGGCCGGUGUCUCUGUCGCCCACCUGGAAAACCGUGUCGCCGCUGCUCUAGCUCUUGGCGCAAAGGAGGAAUUCCGCCUUUAUCUUUCUAUGUAUGCAAAGCGGCUCGGAGCUGAGGGCGCCAAGAUGAAAGCGGAGGAGUUACUUGAGGGGCUUCUUGGGGGGAUUUUUGAGGAUGGUGGAGACGAAGUUGAUGGGGAUCUUGCUACCAAGGGAAUAGAGGGAACGGCGAAGUCUAAGAAGUUAUCAGUAGCUCAGGGCGGCAGCGCAGAAUCCGGACCUGGUACCUGGAAUAACGGUUCGGAUAAACUUUGUGGAUGGCCGAGGAGGACGCUGUUGAACGAGGUAGUCUUAGCUUUAGGUAAGCAUCGAGACCUCCAACGGGUCACUGUUCCUUACGCCCAACUUCUCGGAAUUUUAGAUGGCGAUCAGCAGGAUCAAGCCCGAGAUCAAGGUCAGAAUCAAGAUCAUGGGGAAGAUGCUAUGGUCACAUGA